CAAGUUAUCUGUCGUAUAAAGACAAGAGAGAUGAAACACUGUCGUAUCAGUUGCAACAGAGGAAGUCGCCGAACAUGUUGGUAAUAAUCUUGCCAUUUUUACUGGCGGCACGUGUGGCCGUCCACGAGCAGGAGGACUCUGAUUGGCACCGAAACGGGCCAGAAUGCACGUACGACGUUCUGGUGAACAUGUCUCUGGCCAAUAUCGUCCACGAAAAGGACAAUUUCUGCUCGAUGAUCGCGUCUGAGCUGAAAUGCAGGCCGAUGGGUAGCGACACUCUCAGGUGUCGAUUCGUCAAUGGAAAAAUCGUUCGUCCCGACCCGCACGAUCGUAGAUGUUCGAACGCGCAGAAUUUUGUACCAGUUAGCGACAGGUUCAUCAACGAGGAUCCUUUCGAGAUCAGAUUCAAUCCCAAGGGAAUCGAGAACUUGGUCGUCUCGAGGAACAUACCCAAGUGGAGGCUGGAUAUGAUCAGGACGAUCACUGGACAGUUAAACGUUGGCUUUGAAUUAGACGACAGUCGCGAUCGUUUCGUUACUAUGGAGAACUCGAGUGUCGGCUAUUGCGAGGUGGAAGUGAAAAUGUCAAGGACAGGAUACAGGCAAGAAAACAGGCACGGGGAUUUCGAAAUUGACUUUGAACCUGAACGAGCCGGCCUUGUGCCACUGAACAGAGCAGCGCUCGCCAUUGAAAAGGUCAGGGAUCCGAAAAACUGUCCCCACAGGAAGAUUUAUUUCUUUGGAAACCACGAGGACUUCAGUUCGGGAAAUAAAAACACAUUCAUGGAUAUGGUCACAUCUAUUAGCCACAUGAGCGUGUCACCAAGUGAGUUUCAUUCGUAUACGGAAUCGUCGGGAAUGAUGAGGACGCUGAACAGACCCAGGACGAUGCGGAUUCAUCAGAAAAUAAGCUUGACUUUGAAAAGUAUAAGUCCAGCUCGAGAUUCGAUGCCAGAAGUCCAGAGUCCCGCGUCGACAAGUUUGUACGCUUAUACUAACUUACAAUCGAUUCCCGAGAGCAAGUAAAUGAAAUCGAUAGUAAGGGGCUGCAAAAAUCUAUGUAAUGAUGAUAAACAAUAUACUAUUUAAGAACAUAAUACUA